AUCGCGGCCAUCGCCCAGGAGCUCAAGUAUGGGAGACCCCAAAACAGCCCUAAACCACCCCAAAAUAUCCCCAAAUCACUCCCUGAGCAGAUCGCGGCCAUCGCCCAGGAGCUCAACGAGCUGGAUUACUACGACUCCCCGAGCGUGAACUCGCGGUGCCAGCGGAUCUGCGACCAGUGGGACCUGCUGGGCUCCCUCACCCACAGCCGCCGGGACGCCCUGGAGAAAACGGAGAAGCAGCUGGAGACGAUCGACGAGCUGCACCUGGAGUACGCCAAGCGCGCGGCGCCCUUCAACAACUGGAUGGAGAGCGCCAUGGAGGACCUGCAGGACAUGUUCAUCGUCCACACCAUCGAGGAGAUCCAGGGCCUCAUCGCCGCCCACGACCAGUUCAAGUCGACGCUGCCGGAGGCGGACAAGGAGCGGGAGGCGAUCCUGGGCAUCCAGCGGGAAGCGCAGCGGAUCGCGGAGCUGCACGGGAUCCAACUGCCCGCCGGCAACCCCUACACCUCCGUCACCCCCCAGCUCAUCAACUCCAAGUGGGAGCGGGUGCAGCAGCUGGUUCCCAAGCGGGACCAGGCGCUGCAGGAGGAGCAGAACCGGCAGAAUUCCAACGAGCACCUCCGGAGGCAGUUCGGGAGCCAGGCCAACAGGGUGGGGCCCUGGAUCCAGACCAAGAUGGAGGAAAUCGGGCGGAUCUCCAUCGAGAUGAACGGGACCCUGGAGGAUCAGCUGAACCACCUGAAGGAGUACGAGCAGAACAUCGUGGAGUACAAACCCAACCUGGAGCUCCUGGAGCAGCAGCACCAGCUCGUGCAGGAGGCCCUGAUCUUCGACAACCAGCACUCCAACUACACCAUGGAGCACCUCCGGGUGGGGUGGGAGCAGCUGCUGACGACGAUCGCCCGGACCAUCAACGAGGUGGAAAACCAGAUCCUGACCCGCGACGCCAAAGGGAUCAGCCAGGAGCAGAUGCAGGAAUUCCGGGCCUCCUUCAACCACUUCGACAAGGACCACGGGGGGUCCCUGGGCCCGGAGGAGUUCAAGGCCUGUUUGAUCAGUCUGGGCUACGACGUCGAGAACGACCGGCAGCCGAAGCGCCGCACGGACUCCAAGGACUUCCGUGCCCUCCUGGGCCCCGCGGGAUCCGGGCUGGGUGACGCGGAAUUCCAGCGGAUCAUGGCCGUGGUGGAUCCCAACGGCAGCGGGAGCGUGACGUUCCAGGCCUUCAUCGACUUCAUGUCCCGGGAAACGACGGACACGGACACGGCGGAGCAGGUCAUCAACAGCUUCCGGGUCCUGGCCGGGGACAAGGUGAGGAAAACCGGGAACGCCGGCAGGUUUGGGAACGCCUCGGUGGGAUUUGGGAACGACUCGGUGGGAUUUGGGAGCGCGCGGCCGCGGCUCGGCCCCAGUUCGUCCCAGUUCGUCCCAGUUCGCCCCAGUUUGCCCCAGUUUGUCCCAGUCCGGGACUGGGAGGGGCGUGGUCAGAACAAGGGGGCGUGA